CAGAGGUCGCAGGGCAAAAAAACCGCGAGGAGCCAAAAUUUGUAGAAAUGUUUGUACACUUUAACUCUGUUCAUUUACUCCAGUGAUAUAUCACUGUUUAUGUACAGUUUGAGUUCACUUCUUCAUUUACAAACUUACUAUGAUUCAUCGAAAUUCCACGCUGGAUCCGUUACGUUUGGGUACAGUAACGCCUGCCCUCGUUUGUGACCAGAAACGUCGUGCGCGGGCUAAUACUGCUGGGCGUCCGGUUCGGAAGGAGUCGGACUCCCGGCACGCGCCCUGGAGCUCGAGUGAGGCACCUUCACAUCUGGAAACUAAACCAGUGAUCCAGGACAAUGUGGGACAACAUGUGGAAAAGGCGACUACAGAUGACCCACCAAAGAAAGUCGACCAAUCCAUUAACCGCAACCCUCCAGAUUCCACAGGAGGUUGUAAGAGUUGGCCAGUUUGUCGUACGCAGGCUGGAAAACGAGCAGAUAUCGUUUCCCUGAGGAAGCAUCUGGGCCACGCCAGGCUUUUGUCAUCAGCAAUUAAGGGGGGCCAAAGCUACUUCCACCUCUUGCAGAAAGAGGAACAGGAGGAGCAGGCGAAAGUGGAAAGGCAGCGGAUGAGCAGGGAGGAGCAGCGGAAAACAGAGCCACGACCUCCCAGUUUCUCCUCUGACUCCGACAGCGAUUCAGAAGGGUGGCCUCUGCCUGCAGGAAGCAGCUGGUCAGGUGUGAAUGAAGCCCGGCCACGCAGGAAGAAGAACCAGUCAGCACGACCUUUCACCCCUGUCCAUCACUCCCUGACCUCCCCUCUGCUGAGCCAAGCACCGAGGAAGGUCAUCUACCGCCAGCUCUGCUGUCUGAAUUGGCUGCUGGAGGCCUUGACUCUGGAUCGCUCUGGCAGAGUCGGCCCGCUCACCGCCUGCUGGGACCCCAAAGACCCUGGCCGAGGCAGGACCACGAUAAAGAUGCUGAAAAAAGAAAGAGCCAUUGAGAACAAAUGGGAGCAGUUUGUUUCAACCAAGCCUCGGAGAGCUCAUCCCAGGCGCCCUCGUAGCUCCUCUGCUCGCCUCCACACCCACAGGGAGUCUUCCUUCAUGAGUGGGGCCUCCCUCUCUGCCCUCACCCCCACCCCUGUGGGCAGCAGUGUGUCCUCUCUGGUCCCCGGUGCUGAGGAGGACACAGAGUCUCCAGGAGCACCUAGGGAGACAGACCGGCCUCCCUCAGAGUGUCUUCGCACACUGUCUGAUGACCAGAAAGUCAAGAAAGAGAGCCAAAGCUCACAAACCAGCAGAAGGCUGGUUAACGAGAUGUCUCAGAGCUACGUCGACAUCCUGGAGCUCAAAGCCAGGGAGAGGUUAAAUAGCGGUCUCCAGAGGUAUCGAGCCCUGUGUCACGUGACCGAAUCCCAUGGCCUUCCUCAUCAUGUGACCUGUGUGUCUCAAGAGACAGAGGCUCCAAACAAGAACAAUAAAAACAAGCACAGCACCAAUAUGUGGCUGUCCACUCUGCUGGGCAGCCUGCCUGAGGAGGUGUGCAGGGAGCGAGCGGUGAGCCGGGUGCUGGAGAAGCUUACUGGCUUUGCAGAGCAGCAGACCCUCAGGGUUCGGCCACAGAUCCUCCUGAAGGUGCUGGGGGGUCUGGAGCCGUGGGAGCUCUGUCUUCCUGAGCUUUGUGUGGCCAUCCAGAUUGCCACGGAGCAUGUGGUCCAGAUGCCCAGGGAGGAGUACAGUGCCUGGCUGUGCUCAAGGGUCACCCUGCCCCCACAGUACCACUGUGACCCUCAAACACCAGGUGACCACGCUCUUUUAAGACCUGGAGGAAGGCUACAGGCAUGGACAAAUAGAUGAAGGGAACAAAGGCACACCAGAGUUGUAAAUUAAAUGUGAGCUCAAGGCUGAAUUAGCCCAAAAUAAGCCUUUAAAGUAAGGGCAAAGGCUGAUAAAAGUGAUAAGUAGGAGUAGUUAUUUUGCAUUUGCACAUUAUCACUGUUCACUCAAAAGGAGUUAUGUUGUGCACCACACAACCAGCAGCAGAGUCAACUUGAGACACAUCACUGCAUCAACAAUAAGUAACAAAUAACACACACAAAAAAACGUGAAAGUUAGAAGACGUAAUUGUUAUUUUUUCAUAGUUGAAUAAAAAUUGGCCAAAGAAAAGGAAGGAUUAGAUUAAAGGUACAGGUUUUAUACCCUAAUAGGCACGUGGUAAAUGCAUGUGUACAGGAUAAACAAUACAGGUACACACAAGAAGGGGGAAGCAGGAAGUAGCACUGGUGCAAACCUUUCAAUCUAUAGUCAAGGGUUACAAAAAGAGCAACUAAAUACCUUCCUUUCUAACAUAUUUCCCUGUAAUGCUCCAGUGAUAACUUACAAGAUCACAUGUCACAUGUUGGUAAAAUCAUUGGUUCUUUAGUGCUGUGUGCUGGAUGAAGUUUUUCUGUAUGUGGCACUUUUCAUUGUCAGUUUUGUUAUGGCAGCCAUUGCCAUAGCCAACUACCCAGUUCUUCUGUUAUUCAUUCUAAACAGACCACUGUAGAUGUUGCCAAAUGUGAAAUUCGUUGUAAAACCCACCCCUUCCUGUUUGCAGGAACAUUUUUCCUGGAAAGACCUACUUGACUCAGUGUUUAGACCACCAAAUGUGCUUUAAAAGCUUUUUAGAACUGGCUAGUGUGAAUCACUAUCACACACAGUACAGUAUUUUCUGUCUGUAGAGAGCAGUUAAACAGACAUUUACAUGAAAGUAUAAAAGGCCACUAUUUUAAAUACCUCUGUUGACCCCAGUUGACAUAAACAAUCCAAUUGGGUAAUGGAUGAACAAUCUAAUAUACUGACACUGAGUUGUGCUGUUGAACUCAGUCAAACACUCACAGUUGCCUUUAACCCCGCCUCGUCUCCUGAUGGGUUUGUGAAUAAAAGAGGCUGACCUUCAGCUCUGCCUGUUAGAUAAGAAUAAUGAACUCCCUUUUCAUUGCCUUGAUCAGCAUUUUGGAGGAAAUAACUGUGAAUGUUUGAACUUAAUGUGGAAUAGAGACUUUCAAACGCGAUAUAUAUCAUGUAUUAUUGCAAAAAGCAGACCAUAUGCUAAUAUAAGUGAUAUAUUACAGUAGUAACUACUCCUUUUUGAAAACAACUUCUAGUCCUCCUUUUUUGAUAACAUGUACUGUAUUCUUAUCCACAUGAAAUGGGGCAGGGCAUAUCUACACGUGUGUGUGUGUGUGUGUGUGUG